AUGUCUAACGGACCUUUAAAUUUUGAAUCCCUCAAAGACGAAGAGCGCGGCCUCCUCAACGAAGUCGACCUUCUCAUCCUUGCUAAGUUUGAAAUCGCCAUCUCUUCGUCCUUGGAACCCAACAUUGAGGAGAAAGCAAUUCGAUUUGUUGCCGAUUUGAUUUUGUUCGAUGCAAAAGAAUCAGAGUCUUUGGUACCAAGCACUUGGCAAGUGCUUACGCUUGUCGCUUCUCGAACCCCUUCCAGUCACUAUGGGCAGGAUGUUCUCAUUCGAGUUGUUAAUAUGCUAGAACAUUAUGGACUAUGGACUGACCUCCCGGGGUUUGGUAUUUCCAUCAGGGACAACUGGAACCAUAGCCCUACAUUUGAGCUCGACGCUGAGGACGACAGAGAGUUCACACAGCAUGAAUGGCUCAAUUUGAAUUCUUUCAUCGCUCGAUUGUUCAAUCUCAGGGGCAAACGGUUUGGUAACUUUGCGAUAUGGGAGUUACGGAACGGCCUUGAGGAAGACGCAAGCGAUGCCGGUAGUGCAGCUGCCGCCGAUGCGAGAGUCCUUGUUGCUUCAGAGUGGAUCAAACAGAGUGGCGUACGACUGUGGAAUGAAUCUGUGCUGGGUACGUUCUCGACUGAGCCAGAAGACGCAGCUCAUGGGAGCCCAUACAGGGGGGGCUCAUUGUUUCUUGGCACAAGGGGCUUCAAUCUUGAGCGUUGGGGCUUCUGGAAGCGUCGACUCGUGGAGCUACGCAGCGGUGCCAAUGCGUCGGUCCAGUCGGUGAUUGAUGAAGCAGUGCAGACAAUGUCAUCAAUAGAGCAGAGGAAUCAACUAAGCUUGUUGAGAUGA